CUUGAAGGUCGCGUGCAUGCCUCUGAGAUAUCAGAGAGUGAACUUGUCCCUGUUCACUCUUUGUUCUAAGAGGUUUCUGCCGUACAAGUCGGCGUAUUUCAAAUUGCUUGUUUGGAUCAGACGGCGCAGGGCUGCUGACCUGAAUGGUAAACAUCGGUCGUUAUUUUGUUUGAUUUUCUUUUCACCAUUUGCGUAGAUCGAAUCAACGUGCUCUUGUUUCCUAUCGACUAUAAUUUUGUCGUAUGAUGCAAGGGAGUUGACCCUCGUGCCCAACUAGGCACUUCCUCUCUUUCAAAGGCCGUUUGUUCGCGAAUUUAGAACAAGAGCCCGACGUUUUGAGGUUGGCACCGGGAAGCAAUCGUCAUCAAGUUGACGUUCUUUUCAAGCCUUCUUGCCUGGAUUGAUGACUACCGCGUCGUACUUCAAAUCACAACCCUCGUCUGCAUCUUGUCAUUGCGAACACCGAAUCUAUCUACGUACUCCAUGUUAUAUGAACAAAACGCCAUCCCCUUUCGUUACAUGGCUGUUCUUCAAAGUUUCAUAUCUGUAAUUAUACAUCUAUUGCCCAUGUCACUAUCGACAAGCCUUCGGCUGCCACACCACCUACCUUGAAGUCUGGAGUCCUUUGCCUCAUCUCGCACAACAUCUACAUCUCCAGGCACAUUCACCACACUCUCACCCUUUCAUUGUCACACCUCUUUCUGUAACCCUUCAAACACACAUGUCUUGCCGCAUCCGCACAAUGACGACAGCACUCUCGUCGAGAUACUCUGAAAGGACGAGGGAUAUGGGUCCUCCUGAUGGGUAGGGCUAUGAGCGAAGACACACGACGCAUGUUAAACGUGUGCUUCCGCAGUGUCAACCAUCCAUGACAGUUAUCUUACCAAUACCCACGCUCUGUAGAAAGGAAGUCGGACAUCCUCUUUUCCCGUUCUCGACAACUCAGCACAGUUCCUGCUGGAUAGCACAGUCACUGGCAGAAG